AUGUUAAUUUAUGAUUGUAUAUUAUUAUUUAUUCUUAUAAAAACUAGUUUAUUAACAACAUUAACAAAAACUUAUCCAACAAUUGAUCUAAAAGAAAAUAUUCCAAUAAAUACAAAUAUUUUACAAUUAACAAAAGAAGUAAAAAAUUUGAAAUUAAUUUUAUUAAAUUUAGGUGGAUUUGAAACAAAUUUAUUUUCAAUAAAUAAUGAAAAUUUAUUUACAAUAAAUGAAAUUGAUCGUGAAAAAUUAUUAGGUGAAAAAAGAUGUUUUGAUCGUUCAUAUUGUUUAAUUGAACUUCAUAUACUUGUUAAUGAUGGUGAACAAUAUUGGGUUAUACCAAUACAUAUUAUUGAUGAAAAUGAUAAUAAACCAGAAUUUAAAAAUUCUUCAAUAGAAUUAAAAUUUCAUGAAAAUAUAUUUGGUGGAUAUAAAAUAUUAUUUGAAGGUGCAAAAGAUUUGGAUGAAGGUUUAAAUGGUAAAAUUCGUUAUAUACUUGAUUGUUCAAUAAAAAAAGAAAAACUAUUAAUAAAAGAAAAUAAAAAUAAAUCAUUAAUAAAUUGUUAUCCAUUAUUUGAAUUUGAAAUAUUAUCCCAAUCAUCAUUAUUAAAUCAAUAUGAUCAAUUAGCAUUAAAAUUUAUUUCACCAUUAUUAUCAAAUGAAUAUAUUGAAAAUGAAUAUAAUUUAAUAUUAUAUGCAAUUGAUUAUGGUUUAUAUGAUAAAGAAUUAUUUAAUUCAAUGAAUAUAAAUAUAAAAAUAGAAAAAAUAUUAAAAAAACCAAAAUUUUUAUUAUCUGAAUAUGAAUUUAUAAUAAAAAUAAAUUCUUCAAUUAAAAAUGGAACUAUUUUAGGUUAUGUUAAUGCACAAUCAAAUGAUAAAAAAAAUAAAAUUUUAUAUAAAUUAAUAAAUAAAACAAAUUUUAUUGAAAUAAAUUCUUUAACAGGUCAAUUAUAUUUAUCAAAUGAAAAUUUUAUUAAUAUUAAUAAUUUUAAUAAUUAUAUUGAAUUAUUAAUUGAAGGUUUUUAUUUAAAUAAUGAAAAUAUAAAAUCUUUUACUAAAGUUAAAUUAUUUUUUCGUUCAUUUAAUUAUAUUAAUAAUAUAUCAUAUCAUUUUAAUAUUAAAUCAUUAUUUAUUCAACAAUUAAAUAAUUCAAAUACUUUUUUUAUUUAUAAAAAUAUAUCAAUAAAUGAAAUAUUAUUUCAAUUAAAUAUUUUAUCUUAUUAUUAUCCAUAUGAUAAAUAUAUUCUUUCACUUGAGAAUUAUUAUUCAACAUUUUCACUUCUCUCUUCUUCUUCUUCUUCUUCUUCAAUAAAUAAUUUUAUAUUAAAAACUUCAAAUUAUCUUAUGUCAAAUUUAAUUUAUUUAUUAAAUAUUCGAAUAAAACAUGAAUUAACUCAACAAUGGUUAUUAACAAAUAUAACAAUACAAUUUAUUGUUAUUGAUCAAUUAACAACUACUUCUAAUCUUAUUCAAUCAUCUUCAUCUUCAUCUUCACUUAAUAUUUGUUUACAAAAUUCAACUUAUUUUCUAUAUGAUAUUUAUAAUAAAAAUCAGAUUGGACAAUUAAAAGUAAUUCAAACUAAUUUACAUAUUUCAUUUUUUUCGAAUUUUAUAAUUUUACUUAAUCAAAAUGAAAUAAUUAUUAAUCAAUGUCGAAUGUUAAUUAAUGAAUUUGAUUUAAAUUAUAUAAAUAAAACUCAAUAUGAAUUAUGUUCAUAUAAUUAUUAUUGUUUUAAUAUUACAAUAAUUAAUCAACAAUUUUCUUUGUUUUCUACAAAAAGUAAAACUAAAAAUUUUAUUUUUAAAUCAAUUUUAUCACCUCGACCUAUUGAAAUAACAAUAUUUGCUUUUUCACUUGUAUUUAUUUUGGCAACAAUAACAUUAAUAUUAAUUAUUUGUCGACUAAAAGGUUUUCGUUUAUGUUUAACAAUAAAAAAUUAUUUAUUUUAUGGAAAAAAAUAUGGUUUAAACAAUGCUCAACGUCUUUCAUCAACAAAAAUGACACAAGGAGUUCAUUCGAUUGUUGUUCGGGAAUCUCGAUCACCUUCUUUUGAACGUGUCAAAGCUAAACCAUAUAUGUAUAACAUUAAUCAAGUUAGUGAACAAGACACAAUCUCAUCAAUGAGUAUAUAUCCUCAAUUAUCUCAUCCUCCUCCACCAAUAUCAUUAUCUUGUGCAUCAUCACUUCAACAGGAAGAACAAACAAUGUCAAAUGUUGAUAAUGAGAUAACACCUCGAACAUCAUCAUCCUCAUCAUAUCUACAAGAGACAAAACAAUUAAUAGAUAUCAUUUCUAUAAGUCAGGAUUUACAUAUAUCAACGUUAGCUUCUGAAGUUUAA